UUCGCGAAGACUUCAGCCACGCCACAUUUAUACCUCAAACGAAGAUGACAGCCUUUGGGAUAGCUAUUGCUACAUCAUCCUGUUGAACGGCUUACAUGACAAUCUUCCUUCACCCGCCCCUCUCCUGUUUUUAUCUACUACCGUAGUCGGCUGAACGAAGGCGAGAUCUGCCUCACAAAUCAAUAUUAUCAUCAUCGAAACUGGGUUGAUUGCACACAAGACACUUUAGCGUGCCGCAGACCUUCCACGACCAAAUAUAUUAUUUACUCGACUGCUUGAGAACGGCAACUGAUCCUUCAACCAAGUCAACCUACCGCUACGCUGCAUUGCGCUUCGAGAAAGCUACUCCACCACCAAUCCAAUAUAAAUAUAUACUGUAUAAAAUGGGCCCAUCAUGUCGGUUACUGCCCCACGGAGGCUACGCGUUAAUACCCACAGUGUUGACCAGCAUGGCGUGGUUUGCUUCGAUAUUCCAAGACGGCUGCGAUUACGCCAUUAUCGAAGGUCCCGUGGUACAAGCCAUUACAGAUGACGACGAUACAGUCCCCUGGGUGGAAGCAGGUUAUGCAGGUUUUCGAACACCUCUCUACAAUUCACUGGAAGACGCCUGGGACAUUACGUAUACAGGUCAAUGCCUCGACUACAACAUGGACAAGGUCACAUUGGAUGCCGCAUGGAAUGCUGGAAAGGCAUUUGCCUUUUUGGCAUUAGUCAUGGGAGGAGGAGGCACCCUAUUUCUAUGGUUCAGCGUCUGCUGUGUUUUCUCCAAAGCUACCUGGAGAUUUGCAGGAUACGAAGUCCUAUUAGCCGCAAUAUUCCAAGCCAUGGCGUUCUUGUGGUUCUUAAAUUCCAUGUGCACGCACCGGAAUACCUGUUCCUUGAGUUGGGGGAGCAAGGGUGACGUUGCAGCAUGUGCCUUGUGGGCAUUGGCGGCUCUUUCCAUUCUGGUAUACUACCCCUCUCCCAAAGUGCCCAGCGAUGCUCUGCGACAACAGCAACAACGAGAAACGACAAAUCCUGAAAUUUCCAUUACAGGUCUCGUAGACCAAUAUCCUUACGAUUCUGCUACGGCGGCAACAUCGCCGGCAUCACAAAUAUCAUCCACAUACUCACAUAUAGCCGCGGGGCUGCCUCUUGAAGGAGAUGCCACUGCCACCUUUUUGGCAUCACCCAAGAAGCAUAGGCUAUCGCCCAAGAAACCGAGCAGUAGUGGACACUUAAAGAAUGUGGAAGUAUUAUAGCAAAUGGCGCAGCUACCGUAAAGCACAAGUCCAAAAAAGAAAGGAAUUGGAACGGUUACUUUUGCUAGCUACGUAACAAACGCGGUAGGGUUUCUUGGGUGGUUUGUUUUGGCAGAAAGAUAAGUUUUGGUUCAUGCCAGUUUUUUGGUUGGCCGCGUUUAUGAUGGCGCAAACCUUGUAGUAAUAGAAUGAAAUUGACGAAUCC